GCGCCAUGUGUGUUCAUUUGUCACAUGUCGGCGUGGCUGCGCGUAUAUAAGCGACACCUGUAGCGGUUAACAGUCCUGUGUGUAACCAUGGCGACCUACACUUUCACCUUCCUGUGCGCCUUGGGCGUCUUCGCUGCCUCGGCAUUUGGCUCCAGACUGGUGAGCGCCGGAGGAUCCUCCACAGAGUUCUCCAAAGUCCCAGUUAACGCGAAUCACAUUGUGAACAAGCACAACGCCCUGAGAAGAGGUGUGCAGCCAACUGCCAGCAACAUGUUGGAAAUGAGCUGGAGCAGCGAGGCCGCGGCCAACGCUCAGAAAUGGGCCAACAGCUGCUCCAUGAACCACAGCCCCGCCAGCUCCAGAGAGAUCAGCACUAGCGGCUGUGGAGAGAACCUGUACAUGUCCAGCUUUGAGAACACCUGGGAGAACGCUAUCCAGAGCUGGUACGACGAGGUGAAGGACUAUCGCUACGGAGUGGGAUCUACCAAUGGAGGAGUGAUCGGACACUACACACAGGUUGUUUGGUACCGGUCCAACAAGGUUGGCUGUGGUGUGGCCAUCUGCCCCAACGCUAGUUACAAGUACUUCUACGUCUGCCAAUACUGCCCAGCUGGAAACUCCGAUAUGGAUCACCCCUACCAAUCAGGACCAACCUGUGGUGACUGCCCCAACGCAUGCGACAAGAAACUGUGCACCAACCCCUGUCCCUACGCUGACAAGUACAGUAACUGUGCUGACCUGAAGAAGCAGUGGACCUGCUCCAGCAGCGACGUGUCCUCUUGGUGCCCCGCCUCCUGCAAGUGCACGACCCAGAUCAUUUAAAUGCCACAUGUGGACACAUGGGCUCUGACUCAUCAGUCAGCUUCAAUAAAACAUACGCAUCUCUAAA